UGUAUUUGUAAAACUUUGGGUUUUAUGAGUGUAGUCUCCGGUGUUGAAAACACAAUUUUUAUGACGCAAUUUGCGGGAAAAAUGGAAACGGCUGGAUCGGUGUCAAAAGGUUGUUUUGCUUUCAAAGGAAAGAAGAAAAAGGCUAAAAUUGAUGACUAUUUGCCAGCGGACAAAGCAAGAAGGUCAAGGUUAUGUCACGCAACGUUUGUUCAGAUGUGGGAGGAGAUAGAUACACAAAUACAGAUUUUGCAGUCAGACUUCAACUGUAAUAUAUUUGAGGACUUGCUGAAUUUUACACAAACAUGUCAUCAAGGGUUCUCACUUGAAGAUACAAGUAGACAGAAUGCCAUUCGUGAAAUACCUGCAGCUGCUCUUGUCACAGGAGUGAACACACCAGACCACAGUACAAUGUUCAGCAACCUGGUUGUGAUGUUACGUGACAGAGUUACCCCACAAGUUGCUAUUCUCAAGUCCAAGGACUGUCAAAACGUGAAAAGUAUACUAAGCAGAACGCUAAGUCAGCUGUUGGAUAAACAUUGUUUGGCAGAUGAAGGUGAUGAUGAAGACGAUGCAGAACUAAACAUGAAGUCAUUACCUUUGACUUUAUCAACAUUGUCAAAAUGGUACAGAAAUAAGGUCCUGAGCACAAAGGGAGGAUCGUCACCUAAGAAGCGUAAAUCUGCAGAUGGGAAAUCUGUUGCCAUGGCAACCUACCCACCAGUUGUAAUUGUGAUGGAAGAUUUUGAAAAUUUCAUUCCCCGAGUUGUGCAGGACUUUAUAGCUAUAGCCAGCAAUUACAUCAGUGAAUUACCUGUAGUUUUUGUGUUUGGUAUUGCUACGUCUGUGUCUGCCAUCCAUCGUCUGCUGCCAAAUGAAGUGUCAUCAUUAUUAUGUAUGGAGAAGUUCCAGGCCCCACCCUCAACUGAAUAUCUCACCUUGGUCAUUAACCAGAUUUUGAUGACAGCUAACUACCCAUUCAAGUUAGGACAAGGGGUGUUUCAACUUAUGUUAGAUAUUUUCUUGUACCAUGACUUCUCCGUACUAAACUUCAUUCAGGCUUUAAUGUUUGCUAUGUUGGACCACUACUCUACACAGUCCCUUAGUUUUCUCUGCUGUCCCUUAGAUAAAGUGGAGUCGGUAGUGAAAACAAUGGACAGCUCAGAUGUUGAACAGCUUAGACAUCUCAAGUCAUUUAUGAGAUAUGUAGAGAAAUGUAGUGUAAAAGAGCAGCCAGAUCUUCUGCUCAAGGAUACAUUUACAAAGGAAAGAAUUAUACAUCUGAUACAAGGUAUACAUGAAUACCACACAGAUUUCUUUCCCAUGUUGAAGUGUCUUCAUGCACUGGUUGGCAAGCUGCCAGGCUAUCCUCUAGGCAAACAGGUAAGGGAGGUAUAUUCCAUGACACUACAGAGUGAUGUAUUUGAUAGUGAGGACUACAAACAGGCCAAGGACUUACUGAAAAUGCUAUCUAAAGAUGAACUAAGAAGCUUACUCCAGCAGUGUUGCAGUAUCCUAACAACAGAGACACGUCUGACUAGUGUGAUGAAAGAAAUUGAAGAGUAUUUAAACAAAAUAGAUCAUAUUGAUGAUGUUAUAGAUGAGGAGGAGGAGGAGAAUACAGCUGAUACCAGUUUACCUUCCAGAACUUCAUUACAUCAGCUUAGACAGAGACUUCAGGAUAUUAGUAAACAGCAGAAAAAAUUAUCUCCAUAUGAGAAGCUUAGAGAAGAAAUUGUUGAAUACUUCGAUUCACUAUUCAGGCAGUAUUUAAUGUGCCCAAUGAACCUACCACUGCAUGAGAUAUUCUACUACAACUCCUCACGAACCAUCAAACAGCGCCUGAAUGCAGCACCAAGGUCAGCAUUACAGAUGGCAUUAAGUAACCCACACUACUACUUACAGUGCGAAUGUUGCAGCACAGAUUCCGGACAGAUCAAGUGCACUAUGCCAGAUACAUGUAUUAUAUAUAAACUACACCUGGAAUGUGGGCAGCUAAUUAAUCUAUAUGACUGGAUGCAGGCCUAUCUAACUGUGGUACAGCCAGAAGAUGAAGACAUUGAUUCCAAUGAACAGUCUCAACAAUUACAAGCACGAUUUAUUCAAGCGGUAUCUCAGUUACAGUUCCUAGGAUUUGUUAAACCAACAAAACGGAAAACAGAUCACGUAGCCAGACUUACAUGGGGAGGUUGCUGAGUGAUACAGGAAAGCUAGCAGCAAAGAUACAACAGAAAGAUGUUGAUUGCGGUGAAAGAAUGGUGCUAAACAUACACAAUAUUAUAUCGGACUGAUGAUAAUUACCAUGGACACGGACAUGCACAAUUUGAAGUAAUAGCAUAUUAAAUGUUUAAAUGGAAGAUAUCAGUUGAUUGGAGACGCUAAAAUUCACAUUUGAUUAUGCUUGAAUGUGUUAAGAUUCUGGCUUGGAAACAAUACACUGCUGAAACUUACUAUGUAUUGCAUGUGCAUGCUCUGUUUCAUCAAAAUCUGGUUAUUAAAGAAGAUCAGAAACUUUCACAUUGUAAAGUAUGUCUAUAUUUCAUUCAAGCUAUUCAAUUAAUAUUGCCAAAUUUUGAAAAUCUAUUGGAAAAUUGGUAAAAGAGGGUUUGGCUUGCAUUAUAUUUCUUAAUCAUGCAUAGAUUUUUGUUGUACAUUAUACAUUGAUAUGAAAUGCCCUUGUUAUGAAUUUGAUAUACUAACUGGAAGAAUCUAAAAAAAAACACGUGAAUGAAAAUAUUUGACAUAGUCGGUAUAUUUCAAUAAAUGAAUGAAAGCAA